AUGUGCAGAUUUCUGGUGUACAUCGGGAAGGAGCCGGUCCUGCUGGCGGAUCUGCUCACCCGACCGAGCCACUCUAUCAUCCAACAGAGCUGGGACAGUCGGGAGCGCAUGACCGCCGGUCCGUUGAACGGCGAUGGCUUCGGGGUGGGUUGGUAUGCCGCCUUCGACCCCACCCCCUGCAUCUUCACCUCCAUCAACCCGGCCUGGAACAACCUCAACCUUCGACGGCUUGCAGACAAGGUCAUGUCGAGGCUCAUCUUUGCUCAUGUGCGAGCUGCCAGUUUAGGUCUGCUCAUCAACGAGGCCAACUGCCACCCAUUUUCGUUUGGACCCUUCAUUUGGAUGCACAACGGUCAGAUCGUGGGCUUCACCUCCAUCAAACGAAAACUUGUACAGUACAUCGACGACCAACUCUUCAACCACAUCCAAGGCACGACGGAUUCGGAGUACAGCUUCAUGUUGUUCCUGCAGAUCCUAUUCUACGGUGGUAAGUGCCGCAGCGACGGCAGCCACGCUUCGAGCGUGGUAGACCUCGAACAGAUUCUGAAGGCUGCCGACGACGGUGACACGACGUCCUCCGCCGAGGGCGAAACGGCGAAGCGAUUCACCGCCGACGAGAUGCGGCAGGCGAUGACCAAGACCGUGCGGCUCAUCGCCAAGUGGACCAGCAAGACCUGCACCCGGGCCGAACGCGAGCGAAGCGGCUACUCGCUGCUUAACUACGCCGUGUCCGACGGCUUCACUGCCGUCGUCACCCGCUUUACUGACGAUCCGAUCGGACCGCCGGCGAGUCUGUACUACACCUCGGGCACGCGAUACCAGGCCAAGAAGAAAGGCGAAUACCACCUGGUGCAGGAGAGGCGCCAGGAGUGCUUCAUCAUCGCCAGCGAGCCGCUGAGCGUGAGCGAAGAUGACCGGCGCGACUGGGUGCCGGUGCCCAAGAACCACUGCGUGGUGGUCACGUCGCAGCACAACCUGCUCCUCUACCCCAUCAACCUCGCCGCUCCGGUCAAGGAGCCCAUCGGCCCAUCGAGCGACCACCAACGCCUCAAGCCCCUUAACAACCAGCCAGGUUGCCGAAUGGGUGCAUGA